CAUCGGAAAAAUGCUAUCGGUAUCGGGCGCUUCUGCGACGACAUUGGUGACGGUCCUGGCCAUGACCGCGGGAGGAUUUCCGGGUCCCGUUCCCGCGAGAUGCGCGAGGAUAUUGGCCGUGGAGACGGUGGGCGGCCGGAGCCACUGGAAUUUCAUGAGCGGCAUUAUCGGGGCACUGGUAGACAACGGGCACGCAGUCACCGCAUUCACGCCAUUCUUGGACGGCGACCGGGCCAAUUACACGGAAGUGGACAUAUCCACCGGGUUUCCGGUGGGCCUGGACCUGGACAUAGUCGGCCUUCUGGACCACUUCCGCAACCCGUUUUGGACGUACGGCGCGUACGUAGAGAUGGGUCGGUCGCAGUGCGACGCCAUCUACAGCCACGCGGAAAUGAAACGACUUCUCCGCGACUCGACGGGCUUCGACGCGGUCAUCAUCGAAUCGUUUUGGUCCGAGUGCAUGUCGUACGUAGCCGCCCGGCUCGGUUUGCCGCUCAUCUACGUUACACCGCUGCCGGUGGUGGCGUUCUUGGAGCGCACCAUCACCGGUCACGUGUCCAACCCAGCGGUCGUUUCCAACCUGAUGACCGGGCACGCCGUACCCGCGACGUUCGGGCAGAGGCUGACCAACGCGGCGCUACAGGUGUACGGAUCGGCCGUGCAACGGUACAAGGAGUUCCAGCUCAGGUACACCGGACCUCCGAAGGAGUACGACCUGGUCGAUCCCGUCCCGCCGUCCCUGGUGUUCGUCAACAGGCAUUUCAUUAGCGACGCCCCUAGUCCGGUGCCCAGAAACGUCAUCGACGUGGGUGGAAUCCAUCUGAAGGCGGCCAAGGUUUUGCCAAAAGAUGUAUUAGAAUUUAUCGAACAAUCACCUCAUGGAGUAAUUUAUUUUACAUUUGGUUCUACCGUAAAAAUGUCUACGAUACCGGAAAGCGUAAAAAAAGGAUUAAUAAAAGCGCUCGCUCGUGUUCCUCAAAGAGUGUUAUUGAAAUACGAAGACGAAAUGGACGACAAACCGGAAAAUAUGAUGAUGAAACAAUGGCUUCCCCAACGUGAUAUACUUUUGCACCCCAAUGUGAAACUAUUCAUCAGUCACGGAGGUAUAUCUGGGCUAUACGAAACCGUGGAUGCUGGUGUUCCAGUUCUUGGAUUUCCUUUAAUCGGUGACCAGGCGAGAAACAUUGACAACCUGGUCAAUGCCGGAAUGGCUAUUUCUAUGGACCUGCUGUCCAUCACUGAAGAUUCAUUUUUGAAAAACGUCUUGGAACUGCUCAACAACAAAAAAUACUCGGAGAACGCUAAAAACGCCAUGAAAAUAUUUAAAGAUCGACCCAUGUCGCCGGAAUCGUUGGUCGUUUACUGGACGGAGUAUGUCCUACGUCACCACGGAGCACCACACUUGAAGUCUUGCGCGCUCAAUCUGACGUGGUAUCAAUAUUACCUGUUGGACGUGAUGGCUUUCACGUUAGCUUGCAUAUCCUUCGCCGUUCUCGUAAUCUACAAUAUUUUUAAAUAUGCUGCGUGUGUUAUAAUUACAAAAAUUUCGAAUCAUUUGCGAGAUGUCAAAGUAAAACGUGAAUGAUUUGAAUAAUUUUAAUCCAUAAUAAUAUUAUCAUGGUGUCGAAUUCCUCGAUCUCGUAUUAGGUAUUAUAGUUCCCUUAUUCGUACGAUGAAAUUAACAAUAAUCGUUAAUAUUCCCAUCGAUGCGUGACGUUCAAUUAAGAAUAUUUUAAUUAUAUUUUGUUUGUAUAUAAUGUUUACCAAUUAAUCAAAUAAGUUUUUAACUUUCUUAAACUACUGGACGAAAUAUUGUUUUUAUAAUUGUAAAUUACGUAUAUAAAUCUUUUUGUUUGUAAAACUUUGUAUUCUAUGUUAUAUUAUUUAUAAGACAAGUAAUA